AUGCAAUUCAUCUUUGCGGCUCGUCGGGGCCGUCGGGUCCUUCAGCGAUUCAACAAGCUUCAGCAGACAGCAACCCUUUCGACUCGUGUGCCACUUGCCACUAGCCAUGUCCAGCAUGUAUUUCGUACAGCUGAAAACCGCGCUGCCCCCCUGAUCAAGACUGGAAAUUACACGCUUGAGCGUUUCACAACAGUCCAGAAAUAUCAUUACUCUGCAGCUGCUACUGAUAAACCACGCAAAGGUCCGAAGGAGACCGAAGGCUCAAAGAAGAAGGAUACAAAGGCCAAAAAGCCGAAGAAGACAAAGAAAACAAAGAAGGAAGUAACUCCUGAACAAAUGGAAAAGAAGAAAGCUGCACAGAAGAAGGUCAAGCUCCGAAAGGAAAUCAAGGAUCUCAAAUUACAGUCAUUGAGAAAGGAGGAGCCUAGAUCUCAAACCCUGAGGCCUUGGAUUGUUUUCAUCAGGGAGAAAGUGCGAGGUACUACCUCGUUGGACGAAUCAAGAAGCCGUUUCCAAACUGCGGCCGAAGAGUAUAGAAACCUUUCUGCAUCUGAACGAGAGGCACUUGAGCGUCAGACGGCGGCGACCAUGCAGGAGAGGAAUAGAAUAUAUGCUGAAUGGGUGAACUCGCACACUCCAUUGCAGAUAAAAACGGCCAACAGAGCCCGCAGGCGUCUAGCAUUUCUCACGGCCGAACACAGAAAAAACACACUGAAAUAUCCCGCAAUCAAGGACGAUCGUUUGGUGAAGAUGCCUACUUCUUCAUAUAUUUUCUUUAGCCGAGAGCGGAUGCAAAGCGGGGAUCUCGAUCAUCUGUCUACUCAAGAAAAGCGUGAGCGUGUGCACACAGAGUGGGCGGCUGCGUCGGAGCAAGAGAAACAGCCAUACUCGCAAAAGGCGGCAGAAGACAAAGAACGAUAUGUCAGGGAAUACCGUGAGGUAUACGGCGAGGAUCCCAGGUCCUCGUCGAAUGCUAAAUCAAAGACUGCCAGCUCGGCUUAG